GCCUCUCGACCAUCCACUCCAACACCCUCCCAACUGCCUCCCAUGCCUGAUUCCCCCGUCUAUUCUCUCGCGUCGACUGCUCUCCCGCUGUCUCAGUAUAAUCUGCCCUUACCGCCUCCUCCACGCCCGUCGCAUGCCGUCAUAACAAACGCAGACCUCGAGCGGUCACAGGAGGCGUAUGCGGAGCUGUUGACGUCGGCCAAGGCCUACCGCGUGGCUCUCGCUGCUUUGUCAACGGCUGCCUCGACAUUUGGCUCGGCGUUGGAAGCAUGUGCGAGGCUGAAAGAGGCGCGGUCUGAGCCGAUUGGCCCUGCGGGAGCCGCCAACAUGACAUCGAGCUUCACGACCAAGGGCCAAUGCACGGCGGAUACCCUCAUGUCGGCCUCAGGCGUGCAUCAUCUGAUUGCAAACCACCAGCAGAUUCUCUCGGAGACGGUCUACCGCUCUUUCGAAGUGCCCCUGCUACACGAGCUCGACAAAUGGCAGACCGUCAUCAGUGAAGAGGAGGAGACGUACCAGCACAACAUCAAGGCCCAGAGCAGAGAGGUUAAGCGCCUGGAGAAGGAAGGCCUGAAGCUGCAUAAACAGAGGCGCAGGGACGUGGCCCGCUUUCGAGCCCAUCUCGUCGAGCUGACUUACAAGCUCGACGGCCUGACAAGCCUGCAUGCUGACCAUGCAAGGACGCUGUUGAGGGAGAGUCAGGAGACGAGCGCUCGAAUCGUCGAGGCGAGCUGCAGCCUUGUGCGAGCCGAAGUGGACAUAUUCGAAAGCUUGGCUAGGAAAGGCUGGAGCGGCGGUGGUCUGGACGAUGUCCUGGAAAAGGGCCAGGACUUGUUUGCCAUUGAGGACGAUGGUGCCCAUGGUGCCGGUGGGAGCGGCGGCGAGGGAGUUAAGCUCUUCUCCAUUCUGCCGCCCAAGAGCAUCCUUGCGGACACGACGUCUGAACAACGGAGCGAGAGCCUGAUGAUGGAUGGUGAUCGCUAUCAGUCACUCACCGCCAUGGCUUCAGACCCCAAGCCAACCGGGGCCGACUCGGAGAGCGUCUUCUCGGCCGACUUUAACAAGCCGCGUAAUGCCCGCCCCUUUUCUCCGCAGCCGAUUCGGCGGGCGCCUACGGACGUGACGUUUGACUUGUUGAUAGGUCCGGCGUCUCCCAAUCCGCAAGACGAC